GCCAACCUUUUUGAACAGGAAUCAAUUUUGAACAGCAUAGAAUUAAGCUUGACCACACAACACGAAGAUAACAUGACAAGAAAUCUCUCAGGAUAUGAUCUCAAGGUAGACCCCAUAAAGACAGAUGGAAACUGCUUCUUCAGAGCAACGGCUCGACAGUUACAAAAACACUUAGUACAGGGUUUGGAAUUGCUAAGUUGUCAACAUAUUUCCUCGUUGGGUCUUGGAAUUAAUGAGGAACGAGACACUGAGAACCUAAGGUUUCUCUUCGUUUGUGAAGUCACGGAAAAAAUCGAUGAGUACAACCAGAGUGGACAACCAGCGACUAACUUGCAAAGGAAAUUGAACUUUUUAAAAAUGAUGGUCAUUUUGCUAGUGAACUUGGCGACAUCUGUGCAAAGGCCUGUACAAAUCUGCUCUGCAGCCCAAUUGUUCUAAUCACAGCCUUAUCAACUGUCCCUUCCAUUCUGUUCCUACCAAAAUAUUUCCUCACUGCUAUACCUAUUUACUUGGCGUAUGACCAUUCAGGUCCAGGGCAUUAUGACGCGACGAGAGGUAUGUAGUGACAAUUCACAUAUCUUAAACACUGUUGAGCAGAGAACUCGUGAACAAGUUUUCUGGAUAUUGUAAAUGACCUAAUUGACGCCCAAUCUGAAAUAAACGCUCCCCUGUCUAAGAUCUUCUAAAUCACACCCCCUCCCCCCCAGUGAUAGUUAUUCCAAAAUUAUAAGGAAUGAACAGAAAUGAGUAUGAUAAUUUAAAAUGCUAUUUAUGAACCAAAUGAUAAACUCCCUUGAUAAUUUCUCUGAAAGCUUAUUCAGUAGUUAGGCAAAGAUUCUGUCCAUUUAACGCUCUAGUCUCGUUGACUCCUGGAACUAAGUAAACGCCCUACGCGUCUAUUAGAUCAUUUACGGUAAGUUUUCUACGAACAAGGAAAAUUACAAAUAUAUUUACUUGAAGCUUGAUAAAUUUUAUUCGUGUAACGGGACAACUCAUUUCCAUCUUUUCAGACGCAUUGAAACAAACAGGGCCCUUUACUAGGAAAGGGGUCCUGAGCGUCAGGGCACUUCGGUUUAUUAUGUUCCUUACAUUUAUUUACGAGUAUGUAUUUUUCCUGCCUGUUCCAACUGAAUGCUUUUUUAUUUUUUUUUAUGAAUGGAUUUCAAAGCUUUCUUUUAACGUUACUUUUGGUCAGUUCUUCUCAUAAACACUCACAAAAGCACGCUGAACUCCAAGCUCAUUUAAUGUCCGGUUAUUUCUCUGGCUAACAGAAAAGCAGUUUCUGGUUUGUUCAUUUAUGACCAUUCAUUGUUUGUAUUUGAGAACUCUUGUUCAUAGAGUGAUAAUAUAGAGCAAACAUUUACCUCGAACAGUAUUAUAGAAAAGAACUAUUGUUCUUACAUUUUGUGUUCUUCCCCUCUCUUCGCAGAUUUACUGGAUAUGAAUGAUGAUUCCCUACAAGGUAACCUUUUCAGCACACGUUGUACCUGUGGCAAGAAUGUUAAAGAUCCUUCCAAAAUUGCUUGUACUACUGCGAGAUGCCCAUGCAACAAGCAAAGUCAAGCUUGUUCAAGGAAAUGUCGCUGCUACAAUUCCAAGAAUGAAACCAACACUAAAUUCGUUAGACCAAGCGGUAUUAAAACGCGCAGACGUAACGGCGGGCCGUGUGCAUAUGGUAAAAAUUCACCAAGGAAGAUACAGACCGUGUGUCGUGCAAAGAUGGCAAAAGAAAAAUGAAGUGUCCAUGUGCUACAGAAGGAAUCGGAUGCACCGAGAGGUGCAAAUGCCGCAACUGCGGAAAUACGAUCCAAACAGGAGUUUGCACUGCACUGGGCACAGGAAGAAAACGAAGAAGAGAAACGGUAUCCAGCUACAAGAGAAAAUGUGGAACUGAAUUUUUGACGAGCCAAAAUGUCCUCGUGACCCAGGGACCAUGGAGAUUGAUGGAAACGUUGUUUAAUUGUUUGUGAAGAACUUCUAGUGUUUAACGAACUUCCAAUUAAUUCACUUAACGUUGCGACGUUGUACAACUUUGUAGCAGUGUCUGAUAAACUCGAGGAGUUGUCUGCAAGGAAAUCUACUUCUCAAGUAUCUGCGAAGAUUAAACACUUAACCAAAACACAACAUGAACAGAUUAUACUUUCGUUCACGAAAAACUGAAACUUCAGUUAUGUUUUUGUGAAAGGGUCUACGAAAGAGUGAAUAAGGGACGGCGCGUGCACACAUUAUUGCUAGCCUACAGAGCAAGUUUCCUGUAGGUUAGUCUUUGAUAAAACUGAUAACUUUAAGAGACAGAGAGGACAUCAGAGGAAAGAAAAGAGCAUUCCUUCAUCUCCCUAACCAGUCCUAUGUUCAUCUUUAGUAGGGUUAUUGUUUCUUUUCUCGGCAUAGAAAUCUGACCAAUGGUGGUAUGAUUAUGCGGUUUAUGUUUAGAAUUAGGAAUUACUUGUAUCACCGAGGCAUGUACCAGGUAUUUUACCCUUUUCAUGGUUUGUGUGCCAGUCGUUUUACAAAUGGCACAACAAAUGGUAAUGGGCAUGAGAUUAAAUGUAAAACUUCAAAGCUAAGGAUCGUUGUUGCUUUUACAGAAUUGUUGAACAUCCUGUUAAAAUAAAUUUUUACAAAUAAAACGUUUGCCAAGUUAAAUUUUUGGACAAAUAUUUAUAAUACGUAGGUUAAAGAGCUUCUCUACAAACGCUCAUGGACACCUACUCAAUUCUCCCAAUCCUUGCCCAUGAAAAUUAUAUUUGAAUCCUUCUUCGUGUCGAGCGAAGUCUUGGCCAACAUCUCGGUCACCCCUUUACGAAACAUGGGUGUUCGCAUGUUGAGAAAACAAAAACUUUUUAGAUUUGAAAGAAUGAUAUGGAAGAAUAAUAAUAAAGAAGACUUACAUGUUAAUUCUCGUGGGGAGGCGAUUAUUUCAAAUGUUGCACAGUGGAAGUCGUGCCCUACAUAUUUUGUUUUAUGAUCCCAUUAAACCAAAAAAUUAUCAGUUCCUUGAUUAAUUUUCAGAGCUUGAAUCGUCACAUAUUUUCAAUAUGAUCUAUACUACAGCAUAAAUAACUGCGAUCAAUUUAUGUACGCUGACGAUCAUCAACUACACACAUAUGAUCACUCGCUUUGCAAUGUCGUGUCAGCCUAAACAAUGAAGCAGUGAUAGCGACUGACUGUACGGAAGCAAUGUCCUUCUAAGAAAGAAAAGUUUCAAGAAAUAUUCUUAGGGACCGACCAUUAGAAAAGUUAUGGAAGGGGGGGGGGAAUUUUCGUUAUGAAAUUCCUUGCACGAAUUUGAGGCCUUCGCGUGAUUAUUUUUAGCGUUAAUUGGCGUGCAAAAGUAUACCAAGACACUCAAGCACGCCAAGUAACUGAAGUAGGCCAAGACACAAAAGAAAGCCAAGACACACAAGUAGGCCAAAGCUGGUGGUCAAAUUUCAGUGUUCAAUGUUAGCGAUAGUCGUAAAACAUUUAUCAAUAAUAAUGAAUAAAUCAGUAUAUAAGGGUUAUGGCUUUCAACGUUAAGGGUGCGGCGGGAUUUUCUAACAUUCUAAUAUAUUUAGUGUGCUUACAUAUCACUUGCAUGAAUAGCACAUUAUUCUCGUAAAAAAUAAUGAUAGUGUGAUAUUGAUGUCCUACCCUCCCCCUAAGUACAUGCUUCCAUUGAACAAACUUGAUAUAUACAGGUAGAAAACACACAUCAAAGAGUGGAUGGCAUUAUUGCAGACUUUUGCGAUAGAAAUGUUUGUGCAAAUCAUCCACUAUUCUCUAGCGAUGCAAAGGCAAUCCAAAUUUUUCUCUAUUAUGACGAUGUGGCAGUUGUAAAUCCUCUGGGAAGUAAAACUUCCAAGCACAAGUUUGGUAAGUCUAAUCAGUUAUUCUUUAAAAAAAAAUACUCUGUUCACCAAUCAAAUAGUCAGUCGUUUGGCUUGUUUCAGCUCUUACUUUCAUAGCAGUUACGUUGCCAAUAGAAUUGUGUUACGUUUGUUUGUAAGGAGAUACGUAGUGUGAAAUCUUCAUAGUAGUGACCGGCUAGUUAAGGGGUAAGAGUGUGUGACAUUACAAAACUAUGCAAUCUUUCCAGUCCAACUCAGAACUUAUUUACUUUGAUGUUGACACGUUGACACCAAUAAUUAUUAAUUCUGUGGAACAAUGGAAUAAUACAUUUAUUACUUAACAUGAUCAGUUAUUAGGUUCUGGGAUCAUUCAAACAGUUAAUGGUUAGAUUCUUCUUAGCAAUGACAUUGGUUCUGUUUUCAUCUGCUUAUUGGAUUGUUUAUGUUGUAAUUCAAUUUUAUCACUUUUUGAAACCAUUAUCAUACAUUACCAUACCUAAAUACAAAGAAAAAUAAGUGUGAAGCCAAGGAUGAAAUUAGGCUCUAACACACUAUAUUUCAAAAUUUGUUGCUAAGAUUGAGCUCUCUUGUCAACAUUAGUAGGAGGAGCAAAUAUGACAUAUUGUCUUUAUUUUACAGGAGUUUUCUACAAUACUCCGGGUAACAUAAAUCCAUUGCACCAGUCACAACUCAAGUGCAUUCAAAUAGUGUCAAUUGCAAAAUGACCUGUUAUCAAGAAGUAUGGAAUCAAUGUCAUUCUACAAGCAUUUAUGCAUGAUCUGUCCUUAUUAGAGCAGGUACAAUGGAUAUAACAAACUGAUAGAAUUGUCUUGGUUCAAAUUCUCACCUCCUAAGACUGAACUCUAACAACAUCACUUAAAGAGAAGAGAAAGCGGAUUUUCUUUUUUUUCACUUAUUGAAUUCUGUUUUUCAAACCGAGAGAGGUUUAUCAAAAUUGGUGUUACCAAUGACAGCAGUGUGAUGAUGCCGUUAAUAGUUUGGCAGUACCAACAACUACAAAUAUUGACUUGUAUUCCUCACUGAAUUAGGUUACUUAAAGUUCACAAUACAAUUUAAACAGCUAAUAUAAUCAUAACUAAGAAUAUUCACUAGGUUUAAUGUAUAUGUAUUUAAUUACAUUUUAUUGUAAUAGGGGAUAUAUCUAUCUGUGCUUUAGAAUGAUUUUAUUUGACCCGUGAAAUAGGUAAUAGAAUACUACGUACUAUUAUGCACUAAAUCUAUCGUCUUCUUUCGUUUACCUCUCGCUGUAAUUCACUAGUUGUUGGUAACUGUUUGUUGGGUCAAGUAAAAUGAUUUUAUUAAAUAUGUCAGUGAAUGGAUAUGACAAUGCAGCGCAUCAUUAAAAUUUUAGUUUUGAAAUUCUAUUAUUUUUCUUCGUAAGGAUGGUGGGCACCAGUUUACUAUAAAUGGGCAUCUAAGGUCAUUUGCAGGCACCUUAGCAUUUUUAUCUGGAGACAACUUGGGAUCCAAGACAUUGGAGGCGUUAAGAUUGGUCCUGCUGCAGCACUGAAAGGUAGGGAGUGCAUGGGGGAUGCUGAGUAUAUCAAAACAAUGGUAUCUCAUUCAUGAUUUAUUUUACUCUCUGGUUGGAAGUAAUUUAUUAAUAAAUUUUAAUACUAAAGCUGAAUAGCAAUGUGCAGAAUCAGUCUGAUUUGACAGACAGAAAUGACAAGCUACUUGUUAAUUGCCAAGUUCCUCAAUUAUGCUUUCAAUGUCAUUAAACGCUGUACUCAACUAUUUUAAAAUGUUACUUAAAAGACGGCAUAGCCUAUAGCCUUUACUUUAGGAGAAAUAGAAACAUGUUAAAAUUAGACAAAUAUAUGUUUUAUUAAUUCUCAGAUUCCAUAUCCUUCCUAAUAACCUUUUUUCAGUUUUCAGAUGAUCUUCAGUUGAGAACUCGCGAUGGUUACAAUAACAACUGCACAUCCAUUGAGCUUUCAGAUGCUGAUGUAACGGGUGUUUAUGGCAUAAACCAUCGUUCCAUUUUGAACCAGUCUCGUUAUUUUCAUGAAGUCGAAGGUCUCCCAGGAGAUACGAUGCAUAAUGUUUUGGAGGGGGUUCUUCAAUAUGAAACCAAGGAGUUCCUCAAGUAUGUCAUUAACAAGCAAAGUUACUUCUUGUUAGACUAGCUCAAUCAGUGGAUCCAACACUUUUACUUUGGAUGUGCUGAUGCUUCAAAUAAGCCUUCAUCUAUUGGAAAUCAAACUCUUAACUCUACAACUAACUCACUCAAACAGAAA